GGAGUUAAGUACCUGUGCAUUCCGGCAGCCGAUUCACCAUCUCAGAACCUGACAAGGCAUUUCAAAGAGAGUAUCAAGUUCAUUCACGAGUGCCGGCUUCGGGGUGAAGGCUGUCUCGUCCACUGCCUGGCCGGCGUCUCCAGGAGCGUGACGCUGGUCAUCGCCUACAUCAUGACAGUCACCGACUUCGGCUGGGAGGAUGCCCUGCACACCGUGCGGGCCGGCCGCUCCUGCGCCAACCCCAACCUGGGCUUCCAGAAGCAGCUUCAGGAGUUCGAGAAACACGAGGUCCACCAGUACCGGCAGUGGCUGAAGGAGGAGUUUGGCGAGAGCCCCCUGCGGGAUGCCGAAGAAGCCCAAAGCAUCCUCGGUAAAUAUAAAGAGCAGGUCCGCGUGGAGCCGCAGCCCGGCGCCAGGCGGUGGAGCAGCUUCCAGGCCCUGCCGCUGGCCUAUGGCAACUACAGCAGCGAGACCUAACGCCCACCCCUGGGUGCCGCCGCCAACGCCGCCGCCCUCCCGCCCGCUUGUCUGCGCGCCGCCUUCCCGCUGGCUGCCGGGUGCCCUGGAGGACAGCACGGCCGGGGGUGCCCAGGUGGACUCUCGCCCCUUCCCU